CGCUCGUAGUCCCCUCUCUGCCACUGCAGCAUGUUCCUGCCGCGCAAGGUCGGCCGCGCCGCCGCACGCCCCGGCGCCUCCAAGCACAUCGCACCGCCUGCGCCGCCGCUCGACGCCCGCGUGCCCGCCGGCGGACUGCUGCUGCAGCUUUGGCACGACGAGGACGAGCAGGUCGUGCCGGCACCGCAAGCCGGCGAGGCGGAUGGCGAGACGGCGGGAGAGAGCAGCGCCGCGGGAGAGGGGCCAGUGCCAGCAGCACAGCAUCGCCGGGCGGGCAAGGAGCUCGUGGCGGAGCUCGAGGCGCUCUGCCCGCGCUCCGUGGCGUAUGUGGACCUCGGCGCCGAGACUCGCGCGCAUGAGGGGAGACGCAGACGGCAGCUCAUCGUACGCACCCCGACCGCCUCUUCAGCCAGCGCCCUUCUCUCAGCGCUGCAACGUCGCCCUGCAGACAGCGCGAGCACGCUGCACGACGCCAGCAUCCUCUCCGGCAGCGCCGAAGUAGCAUACUGGGCAGCGCUGCCCGAGCGCGUGCGCAAUGCGGCGCGCAAGACGGCAGCGCAGGAGGCGAGCCUCGUGGCGCUGAGGAGGACGCGGAGGAGAGAUAAGGUGCAAAGGAGACGGGAACGGCGAAAGGUGGCCGGGCGGCGGGCGGCUCCUGCUUAGAGCGAUGCGGCACGGACAGAUGCAGAGACACCACGGCAGGACGAAGAGAUGCGGCCAAGUGCCGAUGAAGAGGCAGUGCAGGACGGCACGGCGCCGCCUGACGAUGGGUCGGGGCCGAUGCAGACGUGAAUGAUACCUGGCUACCACGCUGCAAGGCAUCUCCUCUCCCUCUGAUAUUUGCGCAAGCUCGAGAGGCGCAUGACGCCGGCCACAGGCAGCGCUUCUUGUAGAGGCAUCUCCAACGACCUCUCGCAGUGCGAAUGCCAUCACUCGAGCA